AAGUAAACAUACUGUAUCUGUGUACCGGCGCUUAAAAGACUCUCAAUGUCGUUGAUCAGUGAAACUCAUCUGAACGAAACAAUAAAAAUGGGUUUCUGACCAGAGCGCCACAGAAGGUUAUUUCUGUAUUACACUGGAUAUUUUUUAUUUAUUUAUUUAUUUAUUUUAGCGUGGAUGCUGUGAGUGAUUUUCCCUUGAAGAAAAAAAGACACCAGGGGAUUUGCAAGAAUGAAGAAACUGCCGGUCCUCGCUCUGCUCCUGUGGAUCUGUUGUGUGUUUUAUGUUGGUAUUUUCCUCUUUGUUGGCGGUUUCCUCUUGGUUCGUCUGGAGGUCAACAGGACGAGCAGCUGCGAGGACGUUUUGCCUCCUUCCUCUAAUUCUACCUCGCCGGACUUCUGCCACAAGCUUCCUCGCGUGCGCAGGGUCGUCAUCCUCGUGGUUGAUGCUCUGAAAGCAGAUUUUGCUCGCUACGACCCUGGAAACGUUUCCCCCAGACCGUUUGAGAACAAGCUGCCUGUGCUGGGUGAGAUGGCGUCUUCUCAGCCGUCACACACCAGGCUGUACACGUUCAGAGCAGAUCCUCCCACCACAACCAUGCAGAGGAUAAAAGGAUUCACCACCGGAUCCCUGCCCACCUUCAUAGACGUGGGGAACAACUUCGCCUCCAGCGCCGUGCUGGAAGAUAACCUGAUUGACCAGCUUGGUCAGGCAGGGAAGCGAGUCGUCUUCAUGGGAGACGACACCUGGGUCAGUUUGUUCCCCAGAAAGUUCCACCGCUCGCUGCCUUUCCCGUCCUUCAACGUCAAGGAUCUGCACACUGUGGACAACGGAAUCCUCCAGAACAUCUUUCCCACCAUGGAUGGAGAUGACUGGGACGUGCUGAUCGCUCACUUCCUGGGGGUGGAUCACUGCGGCCACCGUUUCGGCCCCGACCACCCUGCCAUGGCGGAGAAGCUCACUCAGAUGGACGGAGUGAUCAGGUCAGUGAUAAAGCGUCUGCAGGACGACACUCUGUUAGUGGUGAUGGGAGAUCACGGGAUGACGGACACCGGAGAUCACGGAGGAGAAAGUCAAAAGGAAACGGACGCUGCUCUGUUUCUCUACAGUGGCUCACCUCUGUUCCCAGAUCGUGACACACAGCAGGUGGAGCCAGAGGUGGUGCCUCAGACCGAUUUAGUGCCUACUCUGGCCUUGCUGCUGGGAAUUCCCAUCCCUUACAGCAGCGUGGGUCAGGUGAUGCUCCCGCUUUUCCCGAGCUCACUAGAUGCACCUGUGGGUCUCAGCCAGGGUGAGGCGCUGUGGAUCAACGUCAAACAGGUUCAUCGGUUUUUGGAGACCUACUCCAGCAUGGCCAAAGACAUUCCAGAGUACAGUUUGUCUCAACUGCGGACUCGCUUCUCCCAGAUCUCAGAUCAGUACAUGAGCUCGAUACAUGAUGGAACUCCUGCUCCUCCUCAACUAGUGGCCUCCAUGCAAGAAUACCUAAGCUCCGUUAGAGAGACCUGUCGUGCCUCGUGGGCACGCUUCAACCCUCUGAAGAUGGCAGCGGGCCUUCUUGUGUUGGGUUUUGGGUGCAUCUUGUGCUACAUUAUUUCAGAGCUAUCUGUUGUGGUCCUUCAAGGUGCUAUGUUGAAGACUCCGGUGCUUGCUGGGCUGUUGGUUGGGGGAGUGGUAGCUGUGGGUCAAAUCUUCUUUCUGGGAUUUGCAGAAGUUUCGUGGUGUUUAGGAGCUGCUGUGUUGUGUUCUGAGGCUUUAUUCCUGUGGCUAGCUAGGAGGACCAGUCCUCGUGGGCGAUUGUCUCAUUGGCGCCUUUUAACUCCGCCCCUGCUCGUGCUUCUUCUGCGCUGUGCAUCCUUGCUUUCAGACAGCUAUGUAAUCUCUGAGGGGCGUGUGGUCACGUUCUUACUGUUCAGCCUUGGCCUCUACGUUCCGUUUCAGCUCAACUGGGAUGGACUUCUGAUGCCUUCAGCUGAUACUCAGAAACCUCAGAGCCUUCUAGCACCCUCGUUGCCUCCCUCGGUUGUCCGGCGUGAGAGUGGCACUUUGCUUGUUUGCACAGGAGUCUUGGUGGCGUGUCUCUACCUGUCUCUGUCGUUCCACAGUUGCCGUGAAGAACAGGGUACUUGCCAGCCUUCGGUCUUCUUGACGCCACUCUCACGGGUUCAGGAUAGUCGUCUGCGCAACUUGCACUACAUCUUGUCCCUGGCAUCACUUUCUGCCUGGUCAUUCUUGCUACUUCGUUGGUUGCGUCACUACGGAAACCUGAAUUGCACAGGUGUGUGUGUGUUUACAGCACGCUGCUUGCUUCCUCUUGCCUCUGUCUGCAUGGGACUUCACUGGGCGGUCAGUGCAACUCCAGAGGACACCUUCAGGAACCUGGCAGAGCUCAUUAGACUGGCGCAGGUGAUCCUGCCACGUCUUGGCUUCGGUCUCCUCGGACUCGGGAUGUUGCUUUUGUGGCUGGACCCACUUACGGUCUUUCUAAAGUCACGAGCACCUUUGAACUCUCGGGGUUCCAUCGUGCCUCCACCAAGGUACCGUGCAAGCACUGGAAUCAGUACUCAGGCAGAGCUGCACCAUCUUAUACCGCAGUUAUAUCAGCGCAUACGCCAGUCGCUUGACGACGAAGGGACCGAUGGGUCCGAUCCUGAUGGAAGGCCAGCAGUAGAGGCCUACGGAUUGGGCACUGUCUACUCUGCACCCCUGGUUUUACUAUGUGGUCUGAUGGGCCUUGGGAUGCUGCUACUACACCCUGAAGGCAUGGCACUCUCCUUCUUGCUGCUGUUGUUGCAGGCUGCAGCUCUCCUUCAUCUUCAUGCUUCCUCCAGUAAUCUCUCCAGCCUGCAGAGUAACUCCAGUCUCUUUAGUGUUCCUUGGACUCCUGUGGUUCUGUGGUCUCUGGCUGCCUCACAGUUCUUCCACGCCACAGGUCACCUGCCCACCUUCUCGUCCAUCCAGUGGGGCGCUGCGUUUGUGGGUUUCCCUCAGGGACACGUGGGCACCGCCCUGCCCGCCUCGCUCAUCACCCUUAACACCUUCUCCUCACACAUCCUGUUUGCAGUCAGCUGCCCAUUGCUGCUCUUCUGGCCGUUGGUGUGUGAGCUGCGUGGGACUCGAACCAUCCGCUCGGGUGGAGGUAAAGAUGGUGAUGAGGUUGUCAUGGAGAUGAGGCUCCAAGCAAACCCUCAACAGUUUAGUUCAGCUUUACUGCAGCUCGCAGCACGUUACUUGUUUAUUAACGGAGUACAGGUUUUGGCAUCAGUUUGUGCUGCUGCUAUUCUGAGGAGACAUCUCAUGGUGUGGAAAGUGUUUGCACCCAAGCUGAUGUUUGAGUCCAGUGCAUUCAUCAUGAGCAGCGUGUCUGUGCUUGUCGGGGUCGCCCUGGUCAUGAGGGUGGACGUGGCCGUGGCUCGCUUAUUUCAGAGAAUCCUUCCAGAGAAUUCCAGGUAGUAUUGUACCACCACCUCUGUCCCUACAGUUUCAUCUGGUAUCUAUCCAUCUAUCCAUCACUAAAGACACGACACGCACACGACUGCCAGCACGAUCGACGAAAAUGGUCUCAAAAUGGCCUCCGUCUUUCAGAACUCUGGAGAAAUAGACUCCUGCUGAUAUUUUGCUCAAACAGAGACAUAACCUGAGCCAUCUGAGAAACUGCUGCCUCAGACCGAGGAGUGUUUUUUUUUUUUUUUUUUUUUAACUGGCUGAUUUACUGAAGGGCUUUUGUAUUAUGAAAAAGACACACACACACACACACACACAUUUUGAAUGUAGUAAGAACAGUUGGUCUGUAUUUAAUUUGGAUAACACCUUCGUAUAUAUAUCACCCAGAAUACUUUGCUACCUGCUGAGAGCGGUGCAGUGGGAUUCUUGCUCUCGUUUCGUCUAUACCUAAAACAUGAUGCGGCGAUGCUUUAAUCCUUUUGUGGUGUCCGGCUUUCUCGCCUCCUUGUCAAACAGAUUAGCUUUGAAAGCUUCAUCCUUUACACUGAUUACACCAUCAACGGUCUCAGCUAGUCAUCUCGCGGAUCGUAAUCCAGCUAAACUUCA